GUCCCGGUUUGUGAGCUGAGGCUCGACUCUGCGCUGCGAGAGGCGCGGGGCGCAGAGGUUAACAACCCGCCGAGCGCGCGGUUUCUAGUGGAGCCGGUUGUUCCCACCCGGUGACUCUCUGGUGGAGCGGAGCCCAGCAAAUGGGCGCGUAAGGAAGGAGAGCAGGGAGAUGGACUGCUAUUUGCGUCGCCUCAAACAGGAGCUGAUGUCCAUGAAGGAGGUGGGGGAUGGCUUGCAGGAUCAGAUGAACAGCAUGAUGGGCGCGCUGCAAGAACUGAAGCUCCUCCAGGUGCAGACAGCUUUGGAACAGCUGGAGAUCUCUGGAGGGGAUCCUGCCCCACGCUGCCCUGAAAGCCCCUGGACACAGCCCAAGCCUCCUCGACUGGAGGGUGGUAGGGGCUCUGCCAGGCCUUCGGCUGGCUCCCCCUUCAACCAACCUUCUCUUGACAGCAGUGCCAAGUUUCCACCCCACAGGAGUGUCUGUGGGAGGGAGGUGGCCCCCCUGCCCAGGACACAGCUGCCAGAACACCACAGCUGCGCCCAGCAGUGGCCAGAGCGUGUGGAACCGGAUGACUGGACCUCCACACUGAUGUCCCGGGGCCGGAAUCGACAGCCUCUGGUGUUAGGGGACAACGUCUUUGCAGACCUCGUGGGCAACUGGCUGGACUUGCCAGAACUGGAGAAGAGUGGGGAAAAGGGAGAGACUGGGGAGGCUGGUGAGCCCAAAGUGGGAAGGGGUCAGCCCCGGGAGCUGGGCCGCAGGUUUGCCCUGACAGCAAACAUCUUUAGAAAGUUCUUGCGUAGCGUGCGGCCUGACCGGGACCGGCUGCUGAAGGAGAAGCCCGGCUGGGUGACACCCAUGGUCUCUGAGCCCCGAGCCGGACGCUCCCAGAAGGUCAAGAAGCGGAGCCAUUCCAAGGGCUCUGGACAUUUCUCCUUCCCAGGCAUCAGGGAGCCCAAACAAGGGGAAAGUCCCUCCCCGAGUUGCCCCAAGGCCCUGGAGCCCUCUCCUUCUGGCUUUGAUAUUAACACGGCUGUUUGGGUCUGAAUCCUAGAGACAGAAAGUUGACUGGACCUGAGAGGGCCAGGUGGAGAUGCUGUGACCCUGGAGAGGAUGGUGGGAGGGCAGUAUCGUUUCAAAAGCCCAACUCAGAGUUCUUUUCCCCAAGAAAGGAGAGAGAAGGGCAGAAGCCGGUCCCUAGUCUCCAAGCAAGAGCUCUGGUGCAGGGCUGACAGCCUGCGAUUAGGAGAGGCUGUCGCAGGGGCUGGCUGGUGGGUAAGGUCAGAGUUCAUAGACUGUGUGUUUGUGUGUGCUUGUUUUGGUGCUGGAGGUGACAGCAGAGACCAGACGGGGAGAGGAGACCAGGGAACCCCCCCCCCAACAUUCCCUCAUUGCCCCCAAAGACUUCAGUUGAACAUUCUGUAUGGAAAAGUGCAUUGGGGCCUCAGGUUCCCCAUAGAGGCCUUCAAUAAAGACCUCGUCUUUGGUGUCCCUAAUCUUACAAUGUUUGCUUCCCUGGCAAGACAUGAUAGUGACCCUCAGCCCUCCUGGGAGUUAGAGCGGCAGUGAGCCUAAGUCCUGCCUCCUACCCUUUCCUGCUGCCUUCGAUUUCAGCCCAUACCUGGACCCAGAGAAAAAUGCCAAACCCAUUGCCAUCGAGUUGAUUCCAACUCAUGGCAACUCCAUGGAUUACAGGGUAGAACUGAGCCCCAUAGGGUUUUCUUGGCUGUAGUCUCUAUGGAAGCAGCUCACCAAGACUUUCUUUCAUGGAGCCAGUGGCUGGGUUCCAACCCCGUGCAAAUGGUAUGUGCCACCCAGGGACCUAGAGAAGCACAUGACUCCUUAUGCCAACAAAACCCUUAUAUAGUCUUCCUAAAAGCACAAGGGGAGGAUUGAUACAUUUGUUGAGCGCUUGAUGCUUUUGAAAGCCCUUUCAUUUCUCCAUUAUCUCAUUAGUUAAGGGGCAAGUAAGGCAGGUAUUAUCCCCAUUUCCCAUCCUAAAGGAAAUAAGCCUAGAUUGGCUGCUUGUCAAGAUCACACCACUGGCAGGGGUAGAACUGUCCAGGCCUGACUCCAGAGCAGAAGCUGGGCCCUGGAGUUACACACACACCUACUCCAGCAGGACAUAGAACCACCACCUUCCCCCUCCAGCACCCAGGAAACUCCCACUCAGAACACAAGCCAAUCCAGUUGCCGUUGAGGCCAUUAUGACUCCUGGUGUUUCAGAGUAGAACUGAGCUCUGUAGGGUUUUCCAUGAAUCUUUCGGAAGUAGAUCGGCCGCCUGUCUUCCGAGGUGACUGGGCAGAUUUGAACCACUAACCUUUGGCUAGUAGUCUCGGGCUUAACCAUUCGCCCACCCAGGGACUCCUCCGGGUGGGACAAAUGAGAGCCCAGAAGAAAUCCCCAUUUUUUUUUUUUUUUUCUAACUCCUAGCUCCAUUACACAGCCCCUACCCGACCUGGGCGCAAGCUCUGGCCUUGUCUUCCCUCACCCAGAAUCAGCCAGGGCUGAGGGGGCAGGGCUGGGACAGCAGCUCAGCUCCCAGCAUCAGUGGCGGCAGCUAAAGCUUUUCUAAAGCCUCUCUGGGCACAUGGCCCGGGGUAAAGGGCCCACAGAUCCAGGGGCCCUCCUCUGCCCGCCCACCUGGAAGCUACCAUCCAUCCCACUCCAGGCAGGGAACGCCCACUGGCUGGGAAAAGACAAUGUGGGUCCCUGUUUGGGCUGAGCCAGCCUUGUAGGGCACUCCCUUUACCCUCCCUUCUCCCACUUCUGGCUGAUCUCCCCUUAGCCUGAUGGGGUAUGACAGCUGCAAUUAGAGGCAAGAAGCCUUCCUGGCCUCAGAGCAUUAAUAGCAAAUUGAAGAAGAAAAAUAAGAAGAAGGAAAGCUCUUCUUCCUGGAUCCUGGACCCCCAGGGGCGGAGAUGGAGGAAGGAGGCUUAAGAGUGAGCAGCUCCACAGCUCUAGUUAGGGGUGGGGAGUGUAGCGGCAGCGGUUAAGGGCCACCCUCAAAUUCCCACGCAAGGAAACGGUAGGUGUUCAUUUUUGGUGAGAGAAGCUACAGGAAGGAGAAAAGGGUGCCAAUUUUUUAAAGCAUCCACUGCUUGCCAGGCAGUGUGCACAUUAUCUCUUUCAAGCUUCAGAAUGACCCCAGAAGGUAUUUUCUUUUUGCACGGCACCUAAUAGCAAGAACAACAAGGGUCAUGGAAGUGGCCCAGGAGCAUGCUGUUAGUAAAGAAAAGAACUAGAAUUUGAACCAGAGGGUUGUCUGGCCCCCAAGCCCUGGUCCUUUCCUCUCUUCUCCCUGGAAUUUGCCAACUGAGCUAGCCCUUUCUGGAAGAGCAAGACUUUGCUCAGCCUUUGUGUCUUUCCACAGAACUCUUUGACAUUUCAGUCUGGGUGAAGGCUUCUUGGCUGUGGCUGCCUUUGGUGGCGGUGAUGUGUGUGGAGUGUGUGUGUGUGGAAUGUUCUUGUGAAGAUUUCAUCUACUGCUGUACUGAUUCGUGAGAGGAGCAAGUCCUGGGCCGUCCAGCUAAUUUUUCAAAGUGGCGCCAGCUCUGAAUCUGGAGUGAUUCUAUAGGAAACCAAGUCAGCUUGUGGCCAUUCAUCUGCAACUGAUCUGUUUUGUGGACACAGCGGUUCAGAUCAAUUGAACAAACUUUUGUGAACACCUCCCAAUGCCAGGCAUCGUGCUAAGAACUAAGGACAGAGUGCUGAAAAAGACCUGGCUCCUGACCUCAAGGAGGAACAGCGGGAAAGACAGAAGCAGGCUAAUAAACUCAACAGUUAGUCAGAAGGAAUUCAAAGCAAUGAAAACUCAUUUUUAAUUAGGGCCAGAACAAAACAAUUAGGAAGUGAUAUUUGCUGCCAACCUAAUUUACAGGUGUUGCACACCUUCACCUUAGUGUUAUUUCCUUCUCAAACUACACCCUGUGAGUGUUACUGUGACUCUUAUUUUACACGGGGUAGGCUCACAGAAGUUAAGCAACUUGCCCAAGUUCAUGUACUGGCAGAGCUGGGAUUGAAACAGCUCCAAAUGACGUCCAAGCUUCUGCUUUUUGGACUGUCCCACAAAUUGUCCAUAUCUUCUCCAAAGCCAAAUCAAAAGGAAUAAGAACAAAACCUGGUCCCACCCAGAUUGUCCGUGCCCCUGCGUGGAUAAAAAAUGGAAUGCGGACUGUCCGUGGAGGUUGAUGUAAUGCCCCACCCACCACGUCAUGCUCUGUUAAAGAAAGAUUGUGGCCAAUUCAUUCACCCUUCCAUAAUUUUUACUUUUUCCUCCCCUUCUGGGCUCCUUCGGUGACAAUGACAGAGACUUGUAUUUAUUUUACUGAAGCAGAGAGAAGAGGUGAAUGGGAAUGCUUGAGGCCUAAGUGAUGCAGGAAAGUGUAGGAGGGGGCGGGCAGAAGGAGAGUGUGUAUGGCGGAGAGAUAGUGGAAGUCAGCAGACAGAAAUUGACAGCUUAAUUCUGCCCCUGGGGCUCAUUUUAUGGUUAAUUAGGACAUGCAAAUGAGCUGGAAGCUCAUUUAAUACCUUGCCUGGCAUGCAACCCCGCCCCACACCUGACCCACUUCUCUGACAGGUACAGGAGCCCCUCUCUGCUUAAGCACCUGCUUCUUUGUGACCCUGGGGCUACAAUGUGUCUUUGGAUGGUUCUCAACCUUAGGCAGAGCUGGACAAAGAUUUCCCUCUGGGCAUGGCCUGUGGAGCCUGCUAGGUCUCCCUCUUCCGCUUUUCUUCCCAACCUUUCAGACCUGGGACCUCUUUCCUGGAGGGUACAGGACCCCUCGCCCUCAAGCAGUUCCCCUGUGCCCCACUCCUCAGGGUCAUCUUGCUCUGAGGAAUAGAGACCUGGUUCAGCUCUACCCUCACCCCGUCCCCACCCUCUCCCAGAGCCUGUGUGGGUGGGAAGGUGGGGCGCUCCUCCAUCUUUCCCACAUCAUGCCACCAUUUCCACGGGUCCUAGAUAAAAGCACAGCCUGUCUCUGGGGAGCAGGUGAGCUCCAGGGCAGUUAAGGCACACCUGCCAGCACCACGAUGCGUGCACCGGACUGAGAGUUAGCCAGGAUUUGAGACCCAUUUCUGUCACUGGGCAAGCCUGAGCAUGCUGCUUGACCUCCCAGCCUCGUUGGCCUCAUCUGUGAACUGGGGCUAAGGCAGGCCUGCUGUGAGAUUUCAGGACACACAGCCCCUCAGGGGCAAGCACACUGCCCAGAACACAGCAGAAGCUCAGUUUACACCUGACUCCCUGCCCCCCUUAGUGCAGGCAGGAACCAUGUGACCCAGGGCGACAAAAAUGCUAAAAAUGCAUUGUUUCUCUGAGGGUCAGUCUCCUCUUCCGUUAUAAAAUUUACACUGGCCCUUAUGACCUCACAGGGUUGUAGUCGGGGCCAGAGAAGACAAUAGGUGUGAACAUGUCCUUGAACAUUGUAAAAUAUUACCCAGGUGCGCUGUGAUUAUUAUAUGUCAAAUGGCGAAUAAUCGACACUUUUCCCUGGAGGGAUGAUGUAUAUGUAUGGGUAUAGGGACUGGGAGGGGGUGGCAGUGGAAUGGAGAAGGGCAGCACUGUGGGCUGAGCUGGAGAGAUGGUGCCUUAGGACCCCACUGCCUGAGGGGCUGCUCUAGAGAAAAAAUCCUGCACCCUCCUACCCCCAGCUCACCCUCAAAUUCCUGGCAAAGAAUAAAGAGUUGAAUAAGCCAAGUCCUGAUGGUUUUGAGAAGAAUCAGCAGCCACUCCACCUCUCCGGCGUCUACUCUCUGUUCUUCAAGGCCUUAGUUGCUAGAGUCCCUGCCAGGUCCUAUACCUCUCUCUUCCUCCCUUCCCCCAGCGACCCUGGGGGCUGAUGGCCUAAAGGUCCUUGUGGUGGGAACUUAUGGACUGUCCUCUUAAAAUCCACUCUGUAAAGCCUGACCCUCAAGGGAGGGCUGAGGCAGUGCUGCCAAAGGAAGGCCACGGACCAGGAAGGCCUAGCAGGCCUGGGGGUAGAGGGCAGGGCUGCUGGUGUAAGAACCUCAGACCGCGGAUUAUCCGUACCAUUACUAGGAUGUCUCCUGCCUUCCUUUUGCCUCCUCUAAACCCUGGUGGUGUAGUG